GUGAGAGAAAGGUAGAGAGUCCGGUUCUACAGAUGGACCCUAUUCCAACGCUAACUCAAUUUUUGCACUCUAGAGAGAGAAACUAGUAGAGAGAGAGAGAAAAUUUGAGUGUUCAAACGAGCACCAAACCAACGCCAUCUUUAGUGUUCUAUGCAUUCAUUGUUUUCUCUCUACGGUUCGAUUCUUUACAUUGUAAAGUUUUGAUUUUUUUGACUGAACCAAGAACUAGAAAUAAAGACACCCAUUUUUUCCUCUUCAAUUUAAUUUCCUCUUUCACUAAUCUUUCUUUGGUUUUUAGUCAUUCUUUCUAUAUUGGGUUUCUUUCUUUCUUUUUUUCUUCUUUUCUUUUUCCCUGGUGGGCUGGUGAGAUUGGGUUAUCUCUUGGGGUUUGCUUGUGUUGUUGCAUUGGUGUUCUUAUUGAAGGCUUGAUUUUUGUUUCCCCUCAUUCUUGGCAAUGUGGAGAGGGAAGAGGUGAUGGUAGAACUUCUGGGUUUUGGUUUAUAGGUUGUGUCAUGAACUUGAUUCUCCAUCAGGGUGAUUACUUUUCUUGCAAUAUUUUUGGACAAUGCCAUUGCCACCGAUGAUUAUUACUUUUACCCACGUGAGAUUUUCUUCACAUUUUUGUUGCUUGUGAUCUCUGGUAAAUUGAUGCUCGUAGUUUCUCCUCUUAGGGUGUGUUUUUGGUCAGUAUGAUGUUUGUUAGGAGACAUUGCUGAUUUUAUGUGGGAUUAGUAUAGCAAUGGCUGAGAAACAUAGUUCAUCACUUGUGGUUAUUUCUAGGAAAUCUUUGUUUGGUUUGUUCUCAUUUGUAUUAGUCUUGUUCAUAUUAUCUUGGUUCUUUGUGUUACGCUCCACUGGCCGCCCUAACUUCAUUGAUGGUAGUUUGAUAAAUAAUCCACUUUAUUCCAUAAUUGACAAUGGUAGUGAUGCACCCUCAAUUGGAAGCAGAGCUACCCUAGCGGAUAGCAGAGGAGAAGGACAAGAAGAAGCAGAAGAAACGCCCCAGGAGAAAGUUGAUGUGAAAGAUGUCAAAUGCAAUACCCCUCUUGAGAAUAGAAAAGAACCCCUUAAGGUUUUUAUGUAUGAUUUGCCACCUGAGUUUCAUUUUGAACUCUUAGAUUGGAAAGCACAAGGGGAUAGUGUUUGGCCUGAUCUUAGAACUAAAAUACCUGGAUAUCCUGGUGGGUUAAACCUGCAACAUAGUAUUGAAUAUUGGCUUACAUUGGAUCUUCUUGCUUCAGAAAUUUCUGGUAUUCCUAGAGCUGGUAGUGCUAUUAGAGUCCGGAAUUCUAGUGAAGCUGAUGUUAUAUUUGUACCAUUCUUUUCUUCAUUAAGCUAUAACCGAUAUUCUAAGGUAAACCCACAUCAAAAAAGAAGCAAGAACAAACUGUUGCAAGAGAAGCUGGUGAGAUACGUGACAUCACAAAUGGAAUGGAAGAGAUCACAGGGGCAAGACCAUAUCAUUUUGGCUCACCAUCCCAAUAGCAUGUUAGAUGCAAGGAUGAAGCUAUGGCCAGCAUUAUUCAUACUGGCAGACUUUGGGAGGUAUCCUCCCAAUAUAGCAAAUGUUGACAAAGAUUUAAUUGCACCUUACAAACAUGUAAUCAGAAGCUAUGCGGAUGACUCAUCUACCUUUGAUAGCCGUCCUACUUUACUAUACUUUCAGGGAGCCAUAUACAGGAAAGAUGGUGGCUUUGCUCGGCAAGAACUAUUUUACCUUCUAAAAGAUGAAAAAGAUGUGCAUUUUCAAUUUGGGAGUGUUCAGAAGGAUGGAAUCAACAAAGCUUCUCAGGGAAUGCACGCCUCCAAAUUUUGCCUCAAUAUUGCAGGUGACACUCCCUCGUCCAACCGGCUAUUUGAUGCAAUUGCCAGCCAUUGUGUUCCUGUCAUCAUCAGUGAUGACAUUGAGCUCCCUUAUGAGGACGUCCUCGACUACUCCCAAUUCUGCAUAUUCGUUCGCACAUCAGAUGCUAUCAAAGAAAAAUUCCUCAUAAAUUUAAUCAGGGGUAUUGGGAAGGAUGAAUGGACUCAAAUGUGGCAGAAACUGAAAGAGGUAGAACGGUUCUUUGAGUUUCAAUAUCCUUCAAAGGAAGGGGAUGCUGUUCAAAUGAUAUGGCAGGCAGUGGCUAGAAAGGUCCCUGCAAUCAGAAUGAAGAUAAACAAGUCGAUGAGAUUCUCUCGGUCUUUUGGCCACAACAUCAGAGAGUUAAGAGGAAUCCCAACACCUGGUAAUUUUUGGUGACAAAGAGGAAGUUAACAUUCUUUAUUGGCAAUGACCUUAGAACUUGUCAUGAGACAUACUGCAUAGAAGGUGAGACUCGCAGUGUAUUCAUUCUCUUAGGUGAGAACUGCAAUGUAUUCUCACUGCAGAUUUUGGAUGUUCUUUGUAAAAAGGGAAACUUAUAAAUAGAGUUUCAGGCAUUUUAGCUACUUAAUGGCAAAUGAUAUUCAAUAGACCCAUCA